CCUUUACAACCUUCUCAACCUCGACUCUCUUCUUCUAUAUAUACGUUCACAUGCAGGCUCCUACGUGCAUCCACAAGAGGGCAAUUCUCAAGAAAGAUUGGGUGCAGGCACGCUUCUUUUCUUUCAUAAAAAUUCAGGCGUCCAGCUUACGUCCUUGGAAGAGUUCUGAGUCUUCUCAUCUCCAAAUGGGUCGUUGGGUGAGACCAGAGGUGUACCCGCUGAUGGCAGCGAUGGCCUUUGUGACGGGCAUGUGCGCGUUCCAGCUGACGAGGAACAUGAUCUUGAAUCCUGAUGUCAGAAUCAACAAGGCCCGUCGCGCCUCUGCAAUCCUUGACAAUGCAGAAGAGGGUGAAAAGUACAGCCAGCACAGCUUCCGCAAGUUCCUCUACCGGCAGCGUUCUGCGGUCAUGCCUGCUCUUGACGGCUUAUCCACCGACAGUGACAAAUAGAGUAAUACACUAAUGCAAUGUCUGUUACUUAUCACUGCAAAUAGUACUCUUUUUAUCAAGAAUGAUGCAUAAACUUUGAAGACAGAAUUUCACUCAAUUCAAAGUUGUAUUGGGAUGAUGAACCCAUUUUAAAAUAAAGGAAUGGUGUGUAUGAAA